GUACAGUCUGUCGGGUCUCUUAAGGGUCCUCGGGACUUGCCAUUGUAGUUUUUUGUCUUAUUAUUCUUUUUUUUUUUUCCACCUCGUCAUCUACAGAGUAUUGCACUGGUUGCCCGGCCCUUCUUGGCUUCAAUGGGCUUACUGGCCUGCCUACUACGGAAUCCUCCUCGUCGAAUUCAAAUCCACUCCUGAACCCGGCCCGGUUAAGGAUACGGGCGGCCUUUGGCAAGGUUGCCUGGCAAAUUGAGAGUUGUAUGGUUGCGAGUUCCACUGCGUUGCUGACAUGAGUUGGGAUCAGCCCGUCCACAGCUUCAGCUAUCCCAAUGGUGAACCCCAGACCCCCACGAGAACCCCUACGGCAACGGUAUUUGGCGAUUCUGCUUUCCAGACUCCGAAACUCGAGUCCAGCUUCUACGACCCCCGGGUUACCUGGGACACUUCGGAUCCCUAUGCGUCGAGCCCAGAGUUCCUUCGAACACCCCACAAAUUCGCGUUGGGCACUCCGCUGAGGUUACCAGACAUUGGACGGGAACAGAAUGCUGGAGAUACAAGUCUGAAAAGCGUCAAGGCAGAAUCGGAGCAAACUAGUUCCAAGAAACGUACUCUUAGACCCAAGCGGAGUGAUAUAAUUCCAGGAGACGAUGGUUCUCAUACCGAAAAUUCUUCACAGUCUGCCGCCUCCAUGCAGACGCCUCCGCCGUCAAGUGCUUCGACAAGGAAAGUGACCGGACUUGCUCAGGUUCAGAGUGCCGCGAGGCGGUUGUCAACCCCCUGUGAACCCCCCGAAACCCCAAGCCGUGUGAUGGGGGCCUCGCCUCGGAUGAUUGGGAAUCUGCAGUCAUCCCCGGAUCUCUUCCAGCUACCACCAGUUGACUCAUCCACCAUUCCUUCGUUCUUCCCCCAGCACCGAUUGUUCUGGGACGAGGGCAUUGGGCAGCAUUUAGAGGGAGCUGGGUUGCCAGGUACUGAUGCGGAUCCGUUUGAUUCAAGCUCGGCAAAUGCCUUUGCUUCCAACCAUGGCCCCGGCUCCAUAUCCCAGAUCCCACCUUUGCCAACUAUUGAUGGCUCUUUCCACGGUUUACCAGAACUUCAUAAUAACAAUGAUCUUGGUCUCGGAUCAGCCACAUCUGCAGAGGCCGGUUUCUUCCCUGCGCCAUUCUCCACGUCUCCUCGUCUCCCCAUGGCCAGGUUAGUCGAAGACCCGGCCAUGUUCUUGAGCUCACCGGCCCGACGAUUCGGGGGCCCUCAACCGAGCCCGGUAAAGAAUCUGUUCUCGCGAGAAACCAGACAGCCCUAUCACCACCAAACAGAAGAGUUUAAACGGGAGGAGCUACGACGUGCACAAAGCAAGAACCCGCAAUCUUCGGAAUCUUCGUUAUCGUUAGCAGAUGAAGACGAUGACGAUGAUGACGACAUCUUCAGCCCUCGGAAGUUGAGGCCAGGUCUGGCACGAAGUGCAACCAACAGUUCAAUCUCACUGGGGGUUUCCGGCCGUUCACAGCUCCAUCAGCCCCUACCGUCGAGUGCCAUGGCUUCCAGCUGCGGGAUCCGCAAGAGUCCGUCAAAGGGACGUUCAUCGCCUGCCAAAUCCUUGCGCAAUCGCCAGUUUUCACCUUCGCAUACUAUGGCUGCUGGUAUUCCAACACAAUCUCAAUCCUUGGUGUUGAAGAUCGGCAAGGAUGGCCGGGCGAAAACGGAGAUGCAGGUUGUCACAGAACCUCCCAUGCUUGGCUUGACAGAUUCCAUGAUGGCGGCGGAGAUCAGUAGCACCACCACCGAGGAUGACAGUGAUUGGCCCGGGAACUCAGACUAUGCGCUUUUCCGUAACCGCCAGGCGCCCUUGGACGCGAGUAGAACGGUGUUUGAGAGGAGUGAAUCCGGAUCCCGGCCGCAUUCCAAGAGUUCGUCGUAUUCAUCGAGCACUAUACACUCGGGACGCCUUUCUCCCUGGUCCCUAGGAGAGAAUAGGCGGCCACAGUACAGACAUGUCUCGGAGGGCUGGAAGAGAACGCCUAUUAAAAGAAUUUCGUUGCUGGGCAAUCCGAGCCUGACUCAUGGUAGCCCGAGCACCAUUAAUGAACCUGACGAUGAAGAUACGGGCGAUGCGCAACAUGCACUACGACAAGUACUGAAGGGGCGGAGCAGGAGUGUGAAGCAUCAUACAGUCAGUGGUUACAAGCCCCGGGCUAAUCGACGCUCUUUGGGAGCGGCGCAUCUGCGUUCGUCUCCACCUCCUCGAUUUGGGGGUGAAGUUGACUAUCGGUCUCGCAUAUCCAACGCUUCGCCGGCGACUGUUACAGACCCCGACCUGUCGACACCUACCACCAACCGACACAGCAAUCCAAGCAAUGCUACUCGGUGCAUUUGCAAUUCUAUGGAUAACGGUGGCCAUCUGAUGAUUCAAUGGUAGGUUGCUUCUUGAGUUAUUUCGAUUCUGCAUUUGUCCCUUGAUUACUAACCAGACGACAGUGAAUCCUGCAGUCAUUGGCUACAUACUAAAUGUGUCGGUUUGGAACGGUCGAAUCUGCCGUCAGUGUAUGUGUGCAUGUUUUGCGAGCAGACGCCGACGCGGAAGCCUGUACGAAACACACUGGGAGGAAAUCAGGGACUGUUGUCUCCCUUGGCACACAAGUCGACGCGAUAUCGAUAAUUCAUUUGGCCGUGGAUCUGCCAGAGCACGUAGCCACGAGGACAUGGCAGUUGCUAAUUUCAUUGUCUCUCAUUCCCCUGGCGUGUACUUUUCUUGUCCUGUUUCUGCUUGAUCCCUGUGGAUUGAGCUUAGUGAUACCUCUAUGUCUAACGUACAUAAUGGGUCCAAGACCAACUUGGAGCUAGCUAGAUUUAUUAGAAUAAUCAACGAUGUAUAAACUUGUCUGUAUUAGACAACACGAA